UCCUCACAGACAGACAGACAGCCAGCCGCGAUGGACUCUACGCGGGUAUUUCAUCUGCAGCCGUGUGAUACCCCAAGCUCCACUGUAAACGGAUACUACUUCCAGGAAAGUGAUGAUAUGCAACCUGAUCGUGAAGAAGACAGCGGUGAGGGCAUUGGGAUUGGGGCAGAUGAAACUUAUGAAUCAGUAAAUGCCUCGACUAUGUCUGAUGAUGGCCUCCGAUUCUAUGUCAAUGUGAAUGUGGAUCUGAAGUCGAAUGUGGAUCUGAAGUCAAAUAUGGAUGAGAACGACAAUGCAGGAUGUGUCUUGCUGCAUACUUCCAGAAAAGAGCCCACUGCACAAUGGCCUGAUGGGUAGGCCACCAUGAUAGAAACCGGGUAACAGAG